AGGGGCGCGAGUGCGGCAAGAGGGAGAAGACAGCUCCGGAGAGGGCGAGAGCUGCGCGUGCGCCCGCUUCUCCGCCAGCCCUCCCCUCGGCCUCGCCGCCUCCCUCGCGGCCAGGUGACAGCUGGGCCCGGGCCGCCGCGCGCUGCCGGGGGCGCGAGGAGCGCGCUCUGCCCUCGCGCGCGGCGCCGGCCGCCCCUCCCCCUCGUCCCAUCCGUCCCGUCGCGUCCCGUCCCCUCGAGUCAACCGGCCGGGUGCCGAUAAGAGUCGGCGGGAGCGGGGACAUUUUCUGCCUCCCGGGCCCUGUCCCGGCUGCCCUUCCCACCCGGUCGCGGGGCCGGCCGCUCCUCCGGCCCCAGGAUGCAGAAUGUGAUUAACACGGUGAAGGGAAAGGCACUGGAAGUGGCUGAGUACCUGACCCCGGUCCUCAAGGAAUCAAAGUUUAAGGAAACAGGUGUUAUCACCCCAGAAGAGUUUGUGGCAGCUGGAGAUCACUUAGUCCAUCACUGUCCAACAUGGCAAUGGGCUACAGGGGAAGAAUUGAAAGUGAAGGCAUACCUACCAACAGGCAAACAAUUUUUGGUUACCAAAAAUGUGCCAUGCUACAAGCGUUGCAAACAGAUGGAAUAUUCUGAUGAGUUGGAAGCUAUCAUUGAAGAAGAUGAUGGCGAUGGGGGAUGGGUAGAUACUUAUCAUAAUACAGGUAUUGCAGGAAUAACCGAAGCAGUUAAGGAGAUCACACUGGAAAGCAAGGACAGUAUAAAACUCCAAGAUUGCUCAGCAUUAUGUGAGGAGGAAGAAGAGGAAGAUGAAGGAGAAGCUGCAGAUAUGGAAGAAUAUGAAGAGAGUGGAUUGUUGGAAACAGAUGAGGCUACCCUAGACACAAGGAAAAUAGUAGAAGCUUGUAAAGCUAAAACUGAUGCUGGAGGUGAAGAUGCUAUUUUGCAAACCAGAACUUACGACCUUUACAUCACUUACGAUAAAUAUUACCAGACACCACGACUAUGGUUGUUUGGCUAUGAUGAGGUGGUGGCUGAUAUCACAAAGCCUUGUUGGACAGACUUCUUCCUUCCUCCCCUCCUUGGUGUAAACUUUCCCCCAAAUAAUCCGCAACGGCAGCCUUUAACAGUUGAGCACAUGUAUGAAGACAUCAGUCAAGAUCAUGUGAAGAAAACAGUGACCAUUGAAAAUCACCCUCAUCUCCCACCACCACCUAUGUGUUCAGUUCACCCGUGCAGGCAUGCUGAGGUGAUGAAGAAGAUCAUUGAGACUGUUGCAGAAGGAGGGGGAGAACUUGGUGUUCAUAUGUAUCUUCUAAUUUUCUUGAAAUUUGUACAAGCUGUCAUUCCAACAAUAGAAUAUGACUACACAAGACACUUCACAAUGUAACAAAGCAAGCAUAGAAUCUAUCCUAAUAUUAAUUGGUUCUGAUUUUUAAAGAAUUAACCCAUAGAUGUGACCAUUGACCAUAUUCACCAAUAUGUACAAUUUCUCUAAUAAAGAGACUUACAUGUUUAUGCAUUAAAUAAAAAAAAGUUCCACUACCAGCCUUGUUUAAUAAAAAUGUGUAAAGAGA